CCCCCUCCUUCUCACCCUCCUCCCACCUUCUCAGUUAGCGGUUAUAAAAACCCUCACUGGGCUCCAGUCAUCACGGAGAAGCUCAACCCCCAGGUGAAUCUGUCCAAACAGCAACCAUGAAGUCUGUGGCUCUGAUCCUUGUUUUGGCCCUCUUUACUGCAGGCUGCAAUGCCCGGGCCCUGCAGGCCGACGUCUCCACCACCAACUGGGAGGACAGCGUGGAGCGUUUCUGGCAGCAGGUCGCGCUGCUCAACCAGAACGCCGCUGGAGUUCUGGAUAACCUGAAGGCCACGCAGCUCAGCAGAGAGCUUGACACUCUGAUCAGUGACACCAUGGCCGAGCUGACCAAAUACAAAGAGGACAUCCAGACCAAAAUCAAGCCCUACACCGAUGCCUCCACUGGCCAGCUGUCCACUGACUUCCAGCUCCUGGCCAACAAGCUCCAGAAGGACAUGAUGGACGCUAAGGACCGCAGCACAGAGUACCUGGGGGAACUGAAGACCAUGGUGGAGCAGAACACCGAUGAUGUCCGCACACGUGUCAGCACCUACACCCACAAGCUGAAGAAGCGCCUGAACAAGGACACAGAGGAGAUCCGCAACACCGUUGCAACCUACCUGGAGGAGAUCCAGUCCCGUGCUACCCAGAACAUGGAAACUGUGAAGGAGAAGGUUGAGCCAUUCGUCCAGCAGGCUCAAGGCACCGCCACCAAGAAGAUGAGCGACCUCUCCAGCAUGCUCAUUUCUCAGGCUGAAGGUCUGGGCCAGCAGCUGGAGAGCCAAGCCGAGGGCCUGAAGACCCAGCUGGAGUCCACUGCAGAGGAGCUGCGCACCUCCCUGGAGGGAAAAAUCGAGGAGCUGACCGACAUGUUCUCCCCCUAUGCCGCCAAGAUCAAGGAGAACAUCGACACCAUUGUGGAGAAGGUGAAGGAGGCUUCCGCCUAAAGACUCUGAAGGGGUUCUAGGUUUUGAGUUACUGAUCCGGUCUUCCUCUGGGAGCUCUGGAGUUUAGGACAAGUUUGGUGACAUUGCACCAACAUCAGCUUUAAACCACUGUAACUAUUUAGCUCCUCAAGAUUAGCUGCUCUCACUGUCCUACCACAGCUUCUGCUUUGAGACUUUGUUUGGCUGUAAAUACACAUUUGAGAUCCAAUAAUUCAGGCCCAGGCAUUCCCUCAUAUCAACAAGUGAGUGAGGUUGGUGAAAUACCAAAGUACAUCUCUGCUCAUGCCUUGCUUUGCUGAGUCAGCGAAGUGUGACUUGUGUCGCUCUCACACGAGUGUCUGUUGUGUUUCUCCCACCAUGCUGCUUUCCAACAUGCACUCACCGGUGCAGUGAAAAUAAAGAACCACAAAACAAAAAAAAAAGAAA